AUGGGCCUCAUCAAGACCGCCAUCGUAGGUGGCGCCGGCAUCUACGCCGUCAACAAAAUCGCCAAAUCAAACGAGCGCCGCCAAGCCGAAAAGCAGGCCGCCUCCUCAUCCAACUACAACCAGAACUACGCUCCUCCCUCAAACUACCCGAACCAACACCCAAACCAACAGCAGCAAUACUUUCCUCCUCCGCCGCCUCCCCAAGGCCAGGGUGAAAUCAAAUCAUACAAUGAUCAGAACCCGAACUACUAUGAGCAGGACGACAAGAAGAUGAGCGGCAGUGGUGGGGCACCGCCGGCGUAUUACCAGCAGCAACCGUAUCAGCAGCCGUAUCAACAGCAGCCGUAUGGACAGCCGCAGUAUGGCCAGCCGCAGGGACAGCAGUAUCAAAACGGUUACGAGAAUGCCAACGCGAGUGUGAACGGAGGGAAGCAAUCCGGACUUGGCGGGCUCGCGAACAAGGCAAUGGAUUUCGCCGCCAAGGCUGGGAAGAACAUGAAUGGGGACAAGAAGACUUCGAUGUCUGACUAUUUCAAGAGAUGA